AGUAAGAUUUUACGACUUUAUUCAGAAUAGCAUGACGUCAUUUCCGGUUAUGGCGGACAGGUAGCAGUGGGGGGAACACAACAGUUUCUCUGCAACGCAGACAGUCGCCGUAACUGCUCCAAAACUGUCUCAAACUUCGACACAGUGCGUAAACAGAAAUCCCUGGAAGAUGUCUGAAGCAGAUGCAGAUAUGGCGAGCCAGGGGUCAGACCCUGACGACGAAGGCUUAAGUGACAGCAGCUACCAGGACUACAGUGAUGAGGACAUCAAUGAUUACUACAACUAUGGCCCUGAUGAUAUGGAGCAGGAUGACAGGGGACAGAUUUUUGACCCAGAGGCCUUUGAGUACUUUCUAUUUAAUAAAGAGGAGGCCUGUCAGUUUCUUGAUGAGAGAGUAGCAGAAUUAACUCAGACAAUACAGUUUUCCCCACAGGUGUCCCACACCAUAGGUAAGGUGCUGCUGCAGGCUCACCAGUGGGUGCUAACUGAAGUCAUGGAAAGGUUUAGGGAAGACUCUGUACAGUUAAUGGUAGAUUGCAGAAUACUACCUCCUCCAAGUAGAGCAAAACAGGUGGAGCCGCCCCCUAAGCAGUGCCCUGUGUGUCUGCAGGCCCAGGAAGAGAAGGACCUCCUGAGUCUGGCCUGUAACCACAAGUUCUGUACAGACUGCUGGCAGAGGUACUUCCAGGUACAGGUAGAGGACGGUGUGGCCACAGGUGUGGAGUGCAUGUGGAGUGACUGUAGGCUGAUCACAACAGAAGACUUUGCCCUCUCUAUAUUAAAAAAUAGCCCAGUUACCCUUAGGAGAUAUCAACAGUUUGCCUUCAAUGACUAUAUCAAGGGUCACUACCAGCUGCGAUGGUGCCCAGGCCCUGACUGUGAUGUCAUCUACAUGGCACCUCAGCCACUGGGGAGAAAAGUACAGUGUAAGAAGUGCAAGACAUGCUGCUGUUUUAGGUGUUUGAAAGACUACCACGUACCAGCAGACUGCCCCACAAUAGAAAGCUGGCUGCGGAAGUGUGCAGAUGACUCUGAGACAGCCAACUACAUCAGUGCACAUACUAAAGAUUGCCCAAAGUGUAACAUUUGUAUAGAGAAAAAUGGAGGCUGCAACCAUAUGCAAUGUUUCAAAUGCAAGCAUGAUUUCUGUUGGAUGUGUCUUGGAGAUUGGAAGACCCAUGGUAGUGAGUACUAUGAGUGUAGCCGGUACAAGGAGAAUCCUAAUAUUGCCAAUGAGAGUGCUCAGGCUCAGGCAAGGGAAGCACUCAAGAAGUACCUCUUCUACUUUGAACGGUGGGAGAACCACCAGAAGAGCCUGAAGCUGGAGGAGCAGACGUUCCAGCGGAUCCAGCACCGCAUCAAGGAGAAGGUGAUGAACAACAUGGGCACCUGGAUCGACUGGCAGUACCUGCUGGAUGCAGCCAAUCUCCUACACAAGUGCCGUUACACCCUAGAGUACACCUAUCCAUACGCAUACUACCAGGAGGGAGGCCCUCGCAAGAAGCUGUUCGAGUACCAACAGGCACAGUUAGAGGCAGAGAUUGAGAACCUGUCCUGGAAGAUCGAACGUGCCGAGCAGACAGACAGAGGGGACUUAGAAAACCAGAUGGAUAUCACAGAGAAGCGUCGACUAACUCUGCUGAGGGACUUCAGUGAGAGCUGAGAGCUUGCCUUCCUCUGUUAGACCAUCUCCCUCCUUCCACCCUCAUCACCAUCUCCACCUCUUCUACAACACCACCUCAGCACAAGGAUGUGCCCCACCACCCCUGCCGUGCACCACGCUCCCUGACCCCCGGGUCAGAUUAAAUUGAAAGGGGGUUUCCAAGUUCCAUUCUACACCUGGUCGCAUGAUGGUGGCACAUUUGGCAGAGUUUCUGGAGUCCCAUGAGUACAUACGUAUUUGCUGUUGACCUUUAGGAUUGACAUCAACAUGUUGAUAACUCAGCCCACACUGCUGCUAGCCAUACACGUAAGCCCAUACUGCUGCCUUCCAGCUAGAAAAGUGCAGUGUACACAGUACACAGACGUAAGAACCAUGCUUAAAGAUAAUGAUGAGAAACUAAAACUGUCACAUAGAGUAAUGCAUAUUGCCCUUGUUGGUAGAUUUUGUUGUUAGUUACCUGGCUCCCUUGUCUCUUUGUUGAGAUGCAGACUUAAGAUUAAUGUUCUCAUGUUUGACACAGAAGAGGAAAAUGCACCAGAAAUCUCUAAUUCUACAAGUUAUUCAAGUUAGCCAUUUUGUUGAAGCAUGGUUUGGUUUUCUCUACAAAUUGACUUGAGGUUGUAACAAGCUCAAUUGCUAUGUUGCAUGUUUUUGAACUUCAAAAAUCUUCUGAAGUCUGAAACAAAAUUGUCAUCUUCUUCUCAAGAACUCUGGGAUUUGUCUUCAGAUACCACCAAUCCAAAAUAAUAGGAAAUACCUCGGUGUGGGAAAAGCUCAAGAAAAAAGUACACAAUACCUGCUGCCAGUUUGAAAAUGGUGGAUCUGCCCUGUACAAGCACAAUUCUGACACAGCAAAACUCUUCAUAUGUAUACCUACUGUAGUUUCUCCAUAUACCGUAAAUCUAUAAAUAAUUUUCUAUAUCCAUUGAGAGAAAAAGGUCAUGUAGCUCUGCAGUUGAUGAGGAAUAUUGUGAUACAGGAAGAAAAUAUGAAUAUAAGGCCCCUUUUUCACUAGAUGGUGAUCACUGUGUGACCGAAAUUGGAUUUUCGUGACCCCAGAUUUCAUAAUUGGAGAAUGACAC